UAAAAUAUCCGAGAUCGUAAGCGGGUUUACGGGCACUCGUAAGAUCGGAACUAAAAAAGGCAAUUCUGUGUCCGCCCGGAUCUUACAAAUUCUCGGAAGUCCCUACGGCUUGUCGUAAAUUCUUACGGUGACAGAUUAUCUGACCUAAACUUAUCCGAGCGCAUCAAAAUGAAUAAUAUGCGCUUCUAUUUACAUAUUGGUGCUCUUCUCGAAGAAGAUAAUGAUCGUAAUUUCAUGAGAAUAACGAAGAGACAGUUAAGGGACUCGCUUAAUGUUUUUGAAACAAGCGAGAAAGACUUUAAACAAAUGUUUCGUUUGGACAAAGUAAGUGUAAUGGGUUUGAUCGAGGAAAUAGGCCCCCAUUACCAAAACACAGGAAGUAUUCCGCUUCAUUUAAAGGUUCUAACAACACUAAACUUUGUUGCCACUGGUUCAUUUCAAAAUCCUGUAGGAAGUAGCUGUUGGAUUUCUUUGAGUCAGCCAUCAGUUUCAAGAAUAAUACACGAAAUAACAUCUUUAAUAUCACAACAUUUGUUGCCAGAAUGGGUUCAAUUUCCGACUGACUUCGAAACAAAAAAUAAUAUUAAACAAGGAUUUUACAACAAGUGGAAUGUACGUGGUGUUCUUGGAGUUGUAGAUGGAACUCAUGUUGAAAUUCUUGCUCCACCUACGAAUGACGUUCACCAUCCCCCUUUUGUUUAUAUAAACAGAAAAGGAAAACACUCAAUAAAUGUUAUGCUCAUUUCGGAUUCUAACACAAAAAUUAUUGCUUGCAAUGCCAGAUAUCCUGGGUCCGUCCAUGAUUCUGCAAUAUGGCAAAUGAGUAAUAUUAAAACUUAUUUAAAGCGGGAGUAUGAUAAUGGAGAUAAGUCCACGCAUUUACUUGGUGAUAGCGGAUACCCCCUUGAACCAUGGCUAUUUACUCCCUUUUCGAAUUUUGAGCAAGGAAGCCCAGAAGAACGUUUUAAUAACCAAUUCAAGACGGCUCGAAAUGUUAUUGAAAGAACCAACGGCAUAUUAAAAGGACGUUUUAGAUGUUUGUCAAGGCACAGAGUUCUUUUAUACCAUCCGAGUAGAGCAGCUAACAUCAUUUAUUCUUGCUGUGUUCUUCACAAUAUUGCUCUCCGGGCAAGGAUUCCUCUUCCGGAGGAAGAAAUAGAAUAUAGAGACGAGAUUGGCAUAGAAGGCAAUUUGGAGUACAAUGAUGUUCUGCAAGAAGGGAGGGCUACAAGAGCUAGAUAUAUAAGAAAUAAUUUAUUAUUAUAAAAUACAAAAAAAAAACUCCAAGACAUUUAUGUUAAAAAAAAGACUAUUAAUCAAAAUCAAAUUUAAAGUUUUGGUUUUCAAAUUUAUAUUUUGCCACUUCAAAUUUAAGUCGAAGAAGCUCGUUUUUGUUUUUUUCCUUUUUACACUUUAUGUACUCUUCGGAAAAUUGUUUUACAAUGGAACCUAAUUCUUCAAUAUUUUUUUCGGAUUUGUUCAUUGUAUUCAAUAAGCUUUCUGUCACAAUCGACAAUGGCUUUUGCCGAGGUAGAGUUUUUGUCCCAGGUUUUUGCGGUGGAACGGGUGUAACAGCCGGUUCAAUUUCAGGUGGUACUAUUACUGGUGUAUCAUCUUCAACCGGCAUUGGUUCAGUAAUUUCCUCCUCAAGAGGUAUUAUCAUGGUAUCUGAAUCUAAUAAAAUUCCAUCGAAGUUUGUAACACCCAACGCACCGGUUACGGUCACUUUUCCCCAUACACAGAGUGCCCGUUCUUCCAUGUCUGUUAGUGUUAUACUGCUUUGAGGACCUGAUCCAGUCUUUAAACG